AUGAGCGAGGAAUACGAAGUUGACUUUAUUGCUGAAGCUGAAGUGAGGAAGAAGAGAAAUAAGACUCUGGAGUGGAAAUUCCGCGUGCGGUGGAAGGGAUACAAGGAAGAGGACGAUACCUGGGAGCCUUUGGAUUCUUUUGAUCACUCGCAAGAAACCCUUGACAGGUUUUGGGAGCGAGCAGGGGAUGAUCGUGACUACAGAGACCUGAGCCUUUUCAAGGCAGGAGAAAAGUUCGCUCCCAAGGGUCCCCCACGCAAAAAGAGGAAGAAGGAGACUGAGGCCAAGGACAAGGACAAGACAUCUACAGUUGCCGAAAGUUCCUCGAAAGCUCAAGGCUCCAGCGUCGUCGAAAUCGAAGCCUCCCCGACCAAGCGGCGGCGAGGCAUUGUCGACUACCUCCACGAAUCUAACCGUGCUUCGAAGCGGGCCAAGAACGAUAUUGCCUCUGUAAUUAACGGGAGCGCACGCUCCAGUCGGCAAUCGAACGCUUCACCGAGCAGAAAAUCUGAAAAAGAUUCCAGAAGACUCUCUCCAAGGAAAGGAAAGAAGAAUGCCCCGCCAUCCCCGUCUCCAGAAUUGGUCCCUGACUCCGACGAGGAGGUUGCGAAUGCGAUGACCCUGGACGCGGAUAUGCGGUCUUCGAAUGCAAGCUCGCAUCAACAGACACCUGCGCCUCCAUUCCAAGACGAUGAUUCACAAGGGGAACCUGAUCCCUUAUUCGAUGAAACAGAAGAGAGUACUUUACCAGCCCAUCGUUUGCGCACAGUCAAACCUUUGGUUAAAGUGUUUGAAGACCCUACACUUAAUGUCCAGGAAGGUCAACUCUCCGCAAAGACCCGCGCGCUUCAGCGAAGCAAAGCCAGCUCUUCAGCCACGCCCGCUCGUUCGACUCGCGCCAAACGGAAUACUGGACAGUCGACCGCGUCCUUACUGGUAGCAGGCAAAGAAGGACUAAAGACGGUGAAGGGACGCUAUCGACGGCAGUCUUCACGGGCUGAAGACGACGGGGAGGCUUCCGGCGACAAGGAACCGGAAUGUCCACCUGAAGAACCCCCUAAACCUGAAGAGCUACUUGCCUUAGCUGGCAUGGAUUCAACUGCUGCCGAGGAACUACCAGACUUCCCGGGCGACGCUGAUGUAGAGCAGCAAGCCGAGAAACAAGAAGAGGCCGCCGCUGAAGAGAAGGCUCUCGCGGCGGAGCGUGCGGCGAGCUUGAAUCAGGCAAAAGAAACCCUUUUCCCUUCUUCCUCAUUGACUGCUACAACAGCAGAUGUCCCAACAUGGAAGCAAUCCACCAUCUUCGGCCCUCUUGGGUUAGGAAGAGACGGAGAUCACAUUGUCUCUGCGGAAGCUGACCCGAAUUCCCCUGGAACAACUCCAUUCUCGAUCAAUCUCGACGCCGAUGUGUCGAUACCCGCCCUGUUCACCGACGUCUCCCCUCCCGGAACUAAACUAUCGCCAGCCAUCACAGUUGCCUACAAAUCUCCCUCGGGCAAAUUCCAUUUUGAACGCAAUAUCCUUUCCCUUUUGGACACGAUCCGAGUCGAUCCUGGUUCUGCUCGCGUUGCCGUUCGCAACGAUGCAUCUUCAGAAACGAAAGAUCAUUUUGCCCAAUUCCGCAUGGCGCUGUCGAGCCAAAACGAGCUGUUCAUUGCACCCUCUGGCACUCAACUUUACGCGUUUUGUUCUUCGAGCAACUCGCUUGUAUGCCAAAGACUUAACAUUCCUGCUUCCCUACAAACCUCUCCCAACCAGGUGGUCGUUACAAAAAUCGUCAUCGAAAAUUAUUCGGCGUACGCUGAUGUUGCUUAUCGAGCUGACCCUUCGACCUGGACGCAAUACCUAGCGUCGGCUACUACUACUUAG